GAAUGGUGGAGGGCGGCUGUCAAUCGGCGGGUUGGUCGGGUCUGUGCGGGGAGGGUGUGUGAGCGCUGCAGUGGGUGGACGGGCUGUGGCUGUGAUCUCGGGCACAGGCUGAAGCUCUAGCUGGCGAUCGUUUCUUGCCAAAGCAGGAAUCAAAGCUCCACCUCAUUCCUUCAGGCAUUGGGAAAGCAAGGGCAUUCAUUGGAAAACGAGCAUCCAGAUAAGUGGAAGAAACCGGUGGAGCUGCAUUUUUGAGAUGGUUUACUCUAUUGGGCGUGUCGAGGAGACUUUAUUUUGAGUGAGGAAGAGUUAUUGUUUCGCCAGUUGAUCAGAGCGUGGUGUGGAAGUGCUGGCUGAUACAUUUGGAUUUAUCAAUGCUUAAAAAGGAACGGAGAGAUUGAGAGGUAAAAUUCUUGAGGUUGGGGGCUCCCAGCUUUUCUAGUCUGUUGGAGGAAUCCCAUCAAGGCACUCAAAUUCAUCAAGAUGAUCAGCUGUCUGCAGGAGGACAAAGUGAAGCUGCAGGAGGAACUGAACACGGCUGAGUCUAAACAACAGUGCCUGGGCAGCACUCCACCAUCUCAGGGCACCACGGACCUGGAGAAACACUUAGCGAUCCUGGUCCUGGAGAAUGAUCGACUGAAGCAGGAACUGAACAGCAGCCAGCUCCGGUUCCAGCAGCUCCGGGCCUCCGUCCCCACCUGCACAGACUGUGAGCACAGCAAGGAAAAUUCUCGGUUACGAGAACAAACGUCCGUCUUGCGGUUGGAGCUGGAGGAAAAGACAAGACUGCUAUCGGAGCUGGAACUGCACCUCAAAGAUGUCCAUCAGGACAGAACUGAGAGGGAAGAGAGGCUGAAUAAACGCAUCAGGGACUGUCAUCUCGCCCUGGCCAAACACCCCACACCUGGAAUGAAGUUCAUAAGCAAGAAAAUGGAAGUUGAGUCAUUGAGGAUGAAGCAGGAUUUAGAAGAAGCCCAGUCCAGGAAUCACUAUCUUCAGGAGCAGAUUGGUAUCCAGAGGCAACUGUUGACAGAGCAGGAACAACAGCUUCAGGGCUCUUGGCAUACAACAGCCCAGCUUCAAGCUCAGAUCAUGAUGUACGAGGCGGAACUUGAGCAAGCACGAGGGGAGAUGAUCGUGGCUCUUCAGGCAAUAGAAGAUGAGAAGAACCAGACCAUUGAAGAGGUCUUCCAGCACGCCCGCUCUGAAAUGAAGACUGUACACGAUAACCUGAAUGGUGUUCGAAUGAAUCUCCUCUCCAUCCAACCAGCCCUAAAGACACUUACGAGUGAUUACAACUGUCUGAAGAAUCACGUUCGGGAUUUUCCAUGUCUCCUACAAGAUGCUGUCAGCCAGACAAAGAAGGAUAUUUACCAGGCAGUGGAGGAGGCAAAAGGAAUCAACCAGGAUCUUCUGCGCAAGUACAAGAGGGAGAUGCAGCUCCGCAAGAAGUGCCACAAUGAGCUGGUGCGACUUCGAGGGAAUAUCCGUGUCUUCUGCAGAGUUCGCCCUAUAACCAGGGAGGAUGGCGCAGGGCCCGACAACAGGAAUGUUGUUUCCUUCGAUCAGGAUGAUGAUGCGGUUUUGUGCAUCUCGCAUCGUGGAAAAACCUCUUUGUUUGAGAUGGAUAAGGUUUUUCAACCAUGUGCACUGCAGGUGGAUAUAUUCCGGGAGGUUCAAGCUCUGAUCACAUCCUGUAUUGAUGGCUACAAUGUCUGCAUUUUUGCCUAUGGACAAACAGGCUCUGGGAAGACAUAUACUAUGGAGGGAUUGCCAGACGACCCAGGGAUAAACCAGCGCGCUCUCCAGCACCUGUUUGGGGAAGUGGCGGAGCGCUCAACGGACUGGGACCUGUCCAUUACCGUCAGCAUGGCCGAGAUCUACAACGAAACGCUCAGAGACCUGCUGGGGUCUGACCCCCAGAAGACUGAGGAUCUAACUAUGAGGAACUUGUUGGCCAAAGACCCCAGCGAGAAGCUUGAAAUAAAACUGAGUCCUGAUGGCAGUGGGCAGCUCUAUGUCCCGGGUCUGAUUCAGAUCAGAGUACAGAGUGUGGACGACAUCAACAAGGUUUUCGAACUCGGGCGCGUGAAUCGGGCGACGGAUUUCACAAACGUGAAUGAGCACAGCUCGCGGUCCCACGCUCUGCUGAUCGUCUCUGUGACAGGGAUCAACCUCACCUCUGGAGCUCGCACAGUAGGUAAAUUAAACCUGGUGGACUUGGCAGGGUCGGAGCGUGUCGGAAAGUCGGGGGCAGAGGGGCCCCGGUUGAGAGAGGCCCAGAACAUCAAUAAGUCCUUAUUGGCCCUGGGAGAUGUCAUCUGUGCCCUACGCUCCAAGCAGCCAUACAUUCCUUUCCGUAAUUCCAAGCUGACCUACCUGCUGCAGGACUCCCUCAGUGGUGACAGCAAAACCCUCAUGAUGGUCCAGGUGUCUCCAAUGGGGAAGAAUGUCAAUGAAACUAUUUGCUCUCUAAAAUUUGCCCAGCGGGUACGGUCAGUGGAGCUUGGAGCCGCCGGGCGGAGAGCCGAGAGCCAGCUUUGUUCCAGCCGCCAGGAGUGUGAGUUAGAGUCUCCACAUACAGCUAUCCAACAGGGACGACAUAACUAUCCAGGAGGAAACAAUGUGGGGAAGAGCACAGCAGGGAAAAGAAGGCUGGUGACAUCAAGUGAAGUAACCAAUUAACGAGGUCAGCAGUGCUGCCUGGAGCAAUGGAAAAUUAGUGUGGUAUUUGUCCCAGUAUGUAAAGUUGAGCAUUCCUGUAAUGGAUCGCAGGCCAAUGACUGUAUAUUUAUAUACUUCAACUCCAUACAUGCAGCCAGAUUUAAAAAAAUUAAUGCAUGGAGUAGAGUUCAUUACUUAUUUUUUUUACAUAUAAAUAUUAAAAUAUUUUAUAUUGUCUACUUUUUAUUUUAAACCUAUCAUUUGAUAUCCAAAGUCUUUGAAUGUGGGUCCAAUACAAAUACAUUGUCCUUUAUGUUUUCAUCUAUAUACUAGUUUUACUUUGUUCUGCAAACAUUGGGCUACUUGAAGUCACUUAACGUUUUGGGCGAAGUGCCAAAUAAUGCAUUAGGUGAGAUGGGAUCAGCACACAAUGAUUAUCUAAAAUAGUCAUUCAGACUGGCCUGCUAUUUAUGUAAAAUGCCACCAAGGGACUGACUUUUGCUAUUUAAAGAUCUUGCCAUGUUCUCCUUUUUUGAUGGAAUUCUAGUUCAAGUAAAUGUGUACAAAUUAUGGUAUUAAGCCUCAUUGGCUGGAAAUUCCAUUUGAAACUUCUGGACUUUGUUCAGUUGCUACAGAUGGUGUCACUGAUUUAGGAUUACAAUUGAAGUUUUAAAUACUUUUACUUUCAAUUUAACCUGAGGUCAAACAUCUGCCACUACUUGGUGAGUGGAAGAUGACCACUUGUGCCAGUAAUAGUGAUGCCAGCAAAGAGUUACCAACCCCAGGACAAGUUGGAAACUAGUUCAGGGGGUUGUGGGAAAAGUGGUAAUGGUGAAGAAAAUAUUCCCAUUUUGAACUGCUGGAGCAGUCAGCUUUGUUCCCCAUGUAUGAUAGCUGUUUUAAAUAGUGGAAUUGGUCAAUAUUUGCAUUUCUGCUGAGAUAAGUGUGUUGCUCACUUGCUGAAUUAAUUAAUACACAAUUCAAGUAAAAACAGAUAAAAGGAUAUUGAACCAAAAUGAACUUUGAUUUGUUUGAAUUGAUGCUGCUAUUUUUUUACUGUUCCUUGUGUGGCUGUGGCUAAUGUGUGGCAUCCCUCUUGUUGAGCUGGGAUCUCAUUCUUCAGCAUGUCAGCCCAGGGGAUCCUAACCAAAUCCAUCUUUCCUUUUUAGACCUCAUUGGCUUCUGUAACUUAAAUGCAUGCUGGAAGCAGAAAUAUCGCAUAGCCCAAAUGCUACAACGGUCAUUUUUGCUGGUCCUGGCCUUUUUAUUUCUUAAACAGGGCUUUCCGAUGAAAGGCUUCUGUGCUGAAAUAUGGGGGUGGGGGGGAAGAUAAGUAAUAUGGGCAGAAUUUUGGUUGUUCAUGUUAUGCUGAAAAAUUCAAACAACUUCUACAUUUGCUGUUGGAAUGGCAGUAAUAUUUCUCCCCUGAAGCCCCCUGCAAUGCCCUGUGUUUGGAGGUCAGAAUCAAGACUAAAAGCUUCCAGCAAGAAUUACUCAGGAGAAUGUGUCUGUUUCAGUAAUGCAUGUUCACACUGAUCCAUCUGUUGUUGAAAAGCUGCAUUCUGAUUGUGUGGUCAUAUUCUCAAUGAAAAUGUAGUUUAUCUGUAAAGUUACUGUCUAAGCCUGUUCAAAUAAAACCCAGUAUUUAUUCAACUUUAAA